CUCCCUACACCUCCUCCCUUUCUGUGAGCGAUGGAGAGGCUGCAGUGAGCUGGCUCUGGGUGCAGAAGCAGAAGAGGAGACGAGAUGGUUACACCGGCCCAGCCCUUGUGUGUGAGCUGCGGCCGGACCGUGCAGCCCCUGCCAGCAUGACUGAGCACUCUCCGCGCCCCCACUGUUCGGUGCUCAGCUGCUUUGGUGAAGAGCCCCCCAGUCUGGAAUAUAUCCAAGCCAAGGAUCUGUUCCCACCCAGGGAACUGGUAAAAGAGGAGGAUAAGUUACAGGUUCCUUUCCAAGUUCUGCCAGGAGAGAGCGUAGAGUAUUUAGGAAGCGCCAAUGAUGCUGUCAUAGCAAUCUCCAACUACAGGCUGCAUAUCAAGUUCAAAGACUCUGUCAUCAAUGUGCCUUUAAGGAUGAUUGAGACUGUGGAGAGUCGUGAUAUGUUCCAGCUGCAGAUAAUAUGCAAGGACUCCAAAGUAGUCAGAUGUCACUUUUCCACUUUCAAGCAAUGCCAGGAGUGGCUGAAGAGACUGAGCAGAGCCUCGGCCCGUCCAACCAAACAGGAAGACUUGUUUGCAUUUGCCUACCAUGCUUGGUGCCAAGGGAUCUGCACGGAUGAAGAAGAACAUAAUGUUCACCUCUGUCGCCCAGGUGAUCAUGUAAAGGAUCGCUUCCAGAUGGAGCUGUUACGAAUGGGAUUUGAUAUGCAGAAUGCCUGGCGAGUGUCUGAUAUCAACCACAACUACAAAUUGUGUCAAAGUUACCCACAGAAGCUCCUGGUCCCUGUCUGGAUCACUGACAAGGAACUUGAGAAUGUUUCUUCUUUCAGAUCUUGGAAAAGGAUUCCUGUUGUGGUGUACAGACACACAAGAACAGGAGCAGUAAUAGCACGUUGCAGUCAACCAGAGAUCAGCUGGUGGGGCUGGCGCAAUGCCGACGAUGAAUAUUUAGUCACUUCCAUUGCAAAGGCCUGUGCUCUGAAUCCAGGCGGACGUGCUGCUAUUAUUAACUUCAGCAACAAAAGUGCCAGUGAUGGAAAUGAAAAUGGAGACACAGACUUUGACUCUUCUCUAACUGCCUGCCCUGGGAUUGAGGGCAGCGGGGCACCUCAGAAACUCUUAAUCUUAGAUGCUAGAUCUUAUACUGCUGCUGUUGCAAACAGAGCCAAAGGUGGAGGCUGCGAAUGUGAAGAGUACUAUCCAAAUUGUGAAGUUGCAUUUAUGGGAAUGGCAAAUAUUCACUCCAUCCGGAAUAGCUUUCAAUACUUAAGGGCUGUGUGCAACCAAGUGCCUGAUCCAGGAAACUGGCUAUCAGCAUUGGAAAGCACGAAGUGGCUGCAGCACCUUUCUGUCAUGCUGAAAGCUGCUACUGUUGUGGCCAACGCAGUGGAUCGAGAAGAGCGUCCGGUGCUGGUUCACUGCUCAGAUGGCUGGGACCGAACCCCACAGAUUGUAUCACUUGCAAAACUUCUCUUGGAUCCAUAUUACCGCACGUUGGAGGGUUUUCAGGUCUUGGUAGAGACAGACUGGCUAGAUUAUGGCCAUAAGUUUGGUGAUCGCUGUGGUCAUCAGGAAAAUGCUGAAGAUCAAAAUGAACAAUGUCCGGUCUUCUUACAGUGGCUAGACUGUGUCCAUCAGCUUCUCCAUCAGUUUCCUUGUCACUUUGAAUUCAACCAUGCCUUCUUGGUGAAGUUGGUGCAGCACACUUACUCGUGUCUUUAUGGAACUUUCCUUUCCAACAACCCAUGUGAACGAGAGACACGGAACAUCUACAAAAGAACUUGCUCAGUUUGGUCCCUGUUACGAACUGGUAACAAGAACUUUCACAACCUACUCUACAUGCCUGGUGGUGAGAUGGUUCUACACCCAGUUUGUCAUGUCCGGGCUCUUCAACUAUGGACAGCUGUAUACAUUCCUGCUUCAUCACCUUGCAUGCCCAUUGAUGAUGGAAUGGAAAUCUAUCUUUCCCCGGUUUCCCAAGGACAGGAAUUUAAUUCCCGAUCACUAGACAGAUUACCCAAAACGCGCUCUAUGGACAACCUUAUCACUGCUUGUGACAAUGGGGGAAUACUGACACGUACUUCUAGUGACCCCAACUUAAAUAAUCAUCAAGUGAGUCUGGACUCGCGUUGCAGCAAUGAUGAUGGAAGUGAUACUGAAAGUCUGGGCCCACUGGAGCAAACUACAGAGAUUAAAGCCAAGGAAGAAAAGGCGCCUGAUGAUCCUAUUGUCAAAGAAGGUGAUGAAGGAAACUUGCAGGAAGUCACCGAAGCCCAUCAUAAUAAUGGAGUACUGCAACUUGGUAUUUCCUCAGAUACCAAACCCGAAUCUCCAGACUUGAAAUGUGACAAUGUUAAACCUGCCUUGGCAAAUGGUGUAGAUACACAAGAGCAGACUAUUACGAUAUCUAUCACUGAUCCGGGUCAACAGGAUUGCCAGACCUUGACAAAACCUCCCUGUCCAAAUUUAGUGGGUGAUAUAUAUGUCAAUACUUCGUGUAGAGAUCUGACCAAAUCUAUCAAGAUGGCAAAGGAGGCAUGUAGGACUGAUAGGAAACUAGUCUCCCAAAUACAGAGAAAUAAUUUCUCUUUUCUUGCAUCUAACUGGGAGAGUUUACAUGGAAUGAUGAAAUCUGUCCCUGUUGGGGAAACCGUACUCCGUCGUCAUUUUUCAUAUGAGCCCUCUUCAAGAAGCCUUCACAGUAAGCAUGGAAGACAUACAGCUGGUUCUUGUGUAUCUAGAGAUGCCGCAAAGAUUCCCUACAACUUCCCUGCCUCAAUGCACUGUUCUGGCCCCUCAGUGAAAAGCUAUAGAGGCUCAAUAGCUUCACAGACCAGGCCUUUUCACUCUGGGCGCUUCUUUCCUUUGGUUUGUCCUUCUCCUGCACCUCUCUUAUAUCAAGACGAUGAUGGUUUACCUAUUCCCAAUGAUGUUGUGCAACAACGGUUGAGACAGAUGGAAGCUAGUUAUAAGCAAGAGGUUGACCUGUUAAGAAGGCAGGUGUGGGAACUGCAGCUACAGCUGGAAAUACGACAGUUUUGUGCUCCACCUCCAGAACCUGAGGCUGAUUAUGAAGAUGACUUUACUUGUGUAAAAGAAUCGGACAGCAGUGAUAUGGAUGACCUGUAUUCUGAUAAAAGUGAAGACCGACUUUCAGAGGCCAGUUGGGAACCAGUGGAUAGGAAGGAUACUGAGGUCACAAGAUGGGUUCCGGAUCACAUGGCUUCACACUGCUACAACUGUGACUGUGAAUUCUGGUUGGCCAAAAGGAGGCAUCACUGCAGGAACUGUGGAAAUGUCUUUUGUGCCGGCUGCUGUCACUUGAAGCUUCCAAUUCCCGACCAACAACUCUAUGACCCUGUUUUGGUUUGCAAUACUUGUUAUGACCACAUCCAAGUCAGUCGAGCUAGGGAACUUAUGUCCCAGCAGCUAAAGAAACCCCUAGCUGCAGCAUCAAGCUGAGUGCUGGCUAAUGUCUGGCUUCAAGCUCCUUUUGUUCCUCGCAGCCAAGAUGAAGAUUUAAGAGAACAGCGUGACUACUAAUACGUAAGCAUGUCAGUGACCCAAACGUCACCGGCUUACCUUAGCAUUACAUUUCUGCACCAGGACAGGGUUGAUCGCCAUGCAAAGUGUUGGAUUCGUGAUGGUCUUUUAGGGUUCUCUGUGACAAUUAGAAGAUUUUGGUUUGCAAUUUCUCUUGGCAUGGCUAGGGUAAAACUCCUUUUGUUGAGGAAUUUAUUUAGGAAAGUGGACAGACAAUCUGGUUGUAAAAGAGCCCAGAUACGAAAGAUGGCAAGAAUUCAAGCUGCAUUUUUCUGUACAUUUUUUUCUUUUCUUUUUACCUUAUUUCCCCCCUACUUCACAAGUCUGAAUGUGCUGUAUUGUGGUCUGAGAGGGAUUUGCCCCUGCUGCCUUUUAUCUGGAGUAAACUGAAAAUGUGGUUGGAAUGGUGGGCCCUUUUCUCCUUAAUAAGCAGGGUUUGCAUAUAAAUACUAGGGUCAGAGUUCUACAAAGCUGUGAAUAUUUACCCCUUUUGUUGGUAGAGGAGUUUACUGCACAUGUUAGUUGGCCUCUUGCUGCUGAGGGUUUAGUUGGAGUUCCUCUAUCUGUAUGUCUUCAGCUUACAACGGUUACACCCUAUAUAUUUUCUUCUAUGUCUUUGUUUGUCUUUUUUAUAUUUGUCUCCUGUUACUCUACCUUUUUUGUUAGAAUUCUUUAGUCCGUGAGUGGUGAGUGUCCCUUUUUUAGUUUUGGCUGUUCUCUGGUUUCCAUUUGAGGGGCUUCAUGUUAAAUGCUGCUAUAUGAAUUUUUGUGCACUUAACCAAUGUAACCCAGACAAGGGAUGAAAUGUUAAUACCAAAAGGUUUUGUGAUGCCAGAAAUGGAAAUUUUUGUUUUACUAUGAUCCUGUAAAGUGCCACUUUGUUACAUAAAUCAGCCAUGAGGUGUCAUAUGUUGCUUCAGCAUUGUCAUGUAGAAACUUAGUUCUUGCAAGUUGUUGUUGUUUUUUUUUUGUUUUACUUUUUUUUAUAUAUAUAUUUUUUUUUUCCUCAAUUUUCCAGUGAUCUUAAAGUCAGCACCACUUUAUUGUUUGGGCUUGGUUAAGGAGUGAAACCGUUCUCCACUUGGGAAAAAGCCAGACACUGAUGUAGCAGCAAGAUGGCAGGCUGUGGAGUCCUUUUUACAUAAAAAUAGUCUAGGUAUGAACGCACUAUGCUGUCUUUUGGUGACAACAAUUGUGAGGUCAUUCUAGAAGCAACUUGUACAAUAAUUUCUAUGCAGCACCUAUUUUACCCAUCUGCUUUACAAGCUUGGUACACUAUAUGGUUCCGUGUAGUAGAAAACUUGUUAGACAAUAUUGUCUCACCCGACUUGCAUGGCUGCUUCCUGGGAGGUGAUAGAUGAAUAUUGGUACGAUCACUCUUUGAAAGAGGUAUGCCAUUUUUAACAUGGUUCAAUCCAGUUAGAUACAUGUAACUUAGAAAUGGAUUAUAUAUUCUUAUUUCAUAUAAGAAUUUUGGUAUAGUGUGUAGCUUUCAUAUAUACAUUAAAACGGAGAUCCUCAAACUUUUAUAUAUUGUGUGCCACGUUCAACUUUAAUGCAGCUCCCGGCUGUCAUUCAAAAAUGGAGAUGUUUAUUAAGUGUUGAGAAACAAGAAUUAUUAGUUUGGUUGGUAAAAAAUUGGCAUCAAAUUUCGAUAAACAAAUGUUAAUAAAUUGGCGUUAUUUGGUUGUUGGAAUAUGCCUUCAAUAAUGUAAAUUACCAGAGCAUAAAGUCAUGUGGGACUCCUUUAGUGAGCCACUAUAGGUGGAUGGGACAGCUGCAGUAAAGCAUAGGCAUGUAUUAUAGUUUCUACCUUCAUGCAGUGUAUCUGUGUGUCUCGUAAAAAUUCUAACUAGAGAUGAGCAAACUUACAGUAAAUUCGAUUCGUCACGAACUUCUCGGCUCGGCAGUUGCUGCCUUUAGCCUGCAUAAAUUAGUUCA